UAAACUAAAAAGUUAUAUGAGAAAUUUAUGCAUUCACCUGUUUUGUAAAUGGUCAUGUUAAAUGAGUCAGAGUAAAACAUAGAAUCCUUUCAAAAUGAUGCUCUCAAGGAUGAAGCCGGCUGUUGGGCCAGGAGCAACAGCUGGUCCAAGUAAAGAAGCAAGUAAAAAGAAGAAAGUUCCCAAGUAUGAAGAUUUUUUAGAUGCUAGAGAUUAUACAGGAGCGAUAACUUUAUUGGAGUUUAACAGGGCCAGUGGUAAGGGUAAUGAAGAAACUGAUCUAUGGAUAGCUUACUGUGCCUUUCAUCUGGGUGAUUAUAAAAGAGCUAUGGAGGAAUAUGAACGAUUAACGAAACGAGGAAAUUGUCAACCUGAUGUUUGGACAUUUCUAGCAUGUGCUUACUUUUUUCUUGGAAUGUACCCACAAGCUCAAAAAGCUGUGGAAAAAGGUCCUAAAGGACAAUUGCAGAAUCGCAUGAAGUUUCAUUUAUCUCAUAAAUUUAACGAUGAAAGACAAUUAAUGGGAUUUCAUCAAAAUUUGCAAGAUGUUAUAGAAGAUCAGUUAUCUCUAGCAGCUAUUCAUUAUUUACGUAGUCAUUAUCAAGAGGCCAUAGAUAUCUAUAAACGGAUUUUGCUUGAUAACAGAGAUUAUUUGGCGCUAAAUGUGUAUGUAGCUUUAUGUUAUUAUAAGCUCGAUUAUUAUGAUGUCUCACAGGAAGUUUUAGCUGUAUAUCUGCAGACAUUUACUGACAGUGCUAUAGCAUUAAAUCUUAAAGCUUGCAAUCAUUUUCGACUUUAUAAUGGUAAAGCUGCUGAAGCUGAACUUAAAGCUCUACAAGAAAUGGCAUCACCUUCUUUUGUGUUUGCUAGAGAUUUGAUCAAACACAAUUUGGUUGUAUUUCGUAAUGGCGAAGGAUCUCUACAAGUAUUACCUCCUUUAAUAGAUGUUAUACCAGAAGCAAGACUUAACUUAGUCAUUUAUUAUCUUAAACAAGAUGACAUAAAUGAGGCAUAUAAUCUAGUAAAGGAGCUUGAACCCACAACUCCACAAGAAUAUAUUUUGAAAGGUGUUGUUAAUGCUACUUUAGGACAAGAAUCUGGCUCGAGAGAACAUUUGAAGAUAGCUCAACAAUAUUUUCAGUUAGUUGGUGGCUCAGCCAGUGAAUGUGACACUAUACCAGGAAGACAAUGUAUGGCAUCAUGUUUUUUCUUACUCAAACAAUUUGAAGAUGUACUGAUAUACUUUAAUUCUGUCAAGAGUUAUUUCUACAAUGAUGAUGCGUUUAAUUUUAACUAUGCUCAAGCUAAAGCUGCUGUUGGUAAUUAUAAGGAAUCAGAAGAGGUAUUUCUACUGAUACAAAGUGAUAAGAUGAAGAAUGACUACACCUAUUUAAGUUGGUUAGCACGAGUCUAUAUUAUGAAUCGUAAACCAAGAUUAGCCUGGGAAUUAUAUCUAAAAAUGGAAACUUCUGGUGAAUCUUUUAGUUUAUUACAACUUAUAGCUAAUGAUUGUUAUAAGAUGGGACAGUUUUAUUAUGCUGCUAAAGCUUUUGAUGUGUUAGAAAGAUUAGACCCUAAUCCAGAAUAUUGGGAGGGUAAAAGAGGAGCAUGUGUUGGUGUAUUUCAAUUAAUUAUAGCUGGACAUGAACAAAGAGAGUUAUUACGUGAUGUUAUUAAUAUGUUAAGAAAUACCAGUAAUCCUCAAGUAGAAUAUAUUAUUAGAACUAUGAAGAAAUGGGCUAAAGAUAAUAUGGUUCCAGUACCUUAAUAUAUUAAUAAACACUUACAGACUAUCUUGAAUUGUAUUAUAAGACAUUCCUUUAAUUUAUUGUUUAUAUUUUAUAAUCUUAAAGAGAUUUAAACAGAGUCUACUGUGUUUUGUAUGCAUAUCAGGGACACCUGACUAGAUUCUCUGUGAAUCAUAUGAUUUUUAAUUUCUCAUUUGUAGAACCAGUAUCUUUAACCCAAGAAAUACUUGAUCAGACUCAUGUUCCUUUAGAAACUUAUAUAUCGUCCAUAUUGACCAUUGGAACAGAGAUUUGACUUUGAUGUCUCAUAGUACAAAAACCAUUAAUUUGGCUUUUAUAAGGAAAUUUUUAAUUGAAUUACUGAUAACAAUUUGUUUAUUUAUUUAUUAAAAUCAGAACCAUUCAACCAUUUGCUGCUUUCGAUACAACAUUGCUGUCUUUGGGUUCCAUUCAUAACAUUAUCAAAUAAAAUGUAAAUCUCCAAUUUUUUUCUGCAUGCGAUUAACAAUCCAUGAUCCAUGGUCAUUUAAUAUUUACCAGUCAAAGCACCUUACUAUACAUGAUCAAUUUUAGAAUUGCCAAGCAUUGAUCUCUUCUAUUGAGUAACCACUUUUAACACUGUUUUCGAAAGAAGAAUGUCGUCCGAUUAUCUAUGGCAAAGAGUAGUAAAAUCAAAUUCCAAUAGAAAUAUUCAUGAAUACAUUGUAAUAAUAUAAUCAUUAUGGGAAUUCAUUCUUUCCAAAUCCAUCCCUUAUAAAAACCUAAUCCGUCCCUGUUUUGUUGUACAUGUAUUUUCUAUGAAAAUUCUUUGUUAAAAGAAUUAUAAAUUAAUAAAUCCAUUAAAUCUUAGAAAAGUGUU